UAAUAGUGACAGAAGAAGGGAAAUAAAAUCAUAGCAAGAAUUUUUUUUUUCUCAUCGAACUUUAUCAUCAAGCUUCAGAACAAAGCUAAACAGUAGUUUAGUUGUUAUACUUCCUUUUUUAAUGUUUUGCAUUUAAGUGUAGGGUAUUUAUAGUUAGACUUCCUGCUGAAGUGCUGUUCAGUUCUUCACUUCUGUUCGGUUGUUUGUGUUGACAAAAGUUUUAAUUAUCAGAAUUAAUCAGAAUAAAACAUUCUGCCAUGGAUGGAAGCUCAUUAUCAUCAUUGUCAGAGGAGGAGUCUUCAAAACAGCUUUCUCUCCCUAAAGAGAACAGCAAAGAAAAAGCAUCACUCUGCUCAGGACAAGUGGAGGAUUUGCCCCAAACAGAGAGACUCAUCUCUGGAGAGGAGCAGUUAACAUUAAUCACAGAAAGCAUGUCCAUUACAUCUGCAGACCAGGAGAAACUUCAGCUGCUUAACAAGAACACAGAUCUUCGUAGACUCAACAAAGAGCUUAUGAAGCUAAAUGAGGACUGGGACCACAUAUACCGCAGCACGAGUGCAGGCCUACAGCAGCGGGUGGCAGAUCUCGAGCAGGAAAUUUCGGCCCUCAAGCAACUCAAUAGCAGACUCCUGAUCAAAGUGGAACAUGAGCAGAACAAAAGUGAAUACUAUGAACACACGCUGAUGCAAGAGCUAAAGAAAAAUCAGCAUCUUCAAGAGUACAUCCGCCUCCUGGAGAGCCGUCUUCACCAAACUGAUACCUUGAAUGUCUGGACUUUAGGGACCCAGAACACGUCAGCUGUUACCAGUCCACCAGACAUGCAUGUCCUGCAGCGAAGUCCCAAAUCCUCCAUUUCCACUGCUCCACCUUUACAGCCCCACAACAGGACUAGGUCCAGCCGAGCACAUUCAGAGAGCCACGAAAAGCAGAAUGAUGUGAGUAAGGAAGUUCAGGACCUUAAAGAGCAGCUGGAAACCUUGAGGUGCCAGACUAAAAUCUAUGAAGCAGACUAUAAAAUAGAGCACAAGGACCAUGAACGCAUGCUCCAAGAAAACAAGAGACUCCGGCGUCGUGAAGGAGAAAUGAGGCAGCAGAUGGCGCUGUUGCAAGAACAGUUGAAGGUAUAUGAGGAUGACUUCCAGAAAGAGCGUUCGGAUAAGCAGCUCCUGCAGCGGCUUCUGAUGAAGAAAGCUCCAGCGGCGCAGGAGCCAGCACUAAUCCACCGCUGUAAUAAUGACCAGGAGAGACCAAAAGGAGAGAGGAGAAAAAUAAGAGAGGAACACAGAGGAACAUUCAUGUGUCCAAAACACUGUGAAAACCGUGGACAUUUAGAGUACCCCUAGGAUACACACCCAAAUUCAGCUGAUUAUAUCUAAGGCUAAAAGCUAAAUUGCUACUAUUUUUAUAACUGUGGUUAUGUAUUUAUGAAUUUGUAGCUUGUUUCUUAUGCCUAAACUCACACACAUUUGUUCUCAGGUUCAGCAAAGAGUAUUGUGAUUUGUAUCUAAAGGCAAAGUACACAUUUAUAAUAACAUUCUAAAGACAAAUUUGAUUUAUAAAUGUAUUUUUCUCAGGUUUUAUAUUUCCAUUUGUAUGACUAUUCAUAAGCUUAAUUUUAUU